AUGAAACAUAGAGAACGGGAACUUAUUCGCACGUACCUCGACCACAGCGACUCCCAAAUCUCAAUUGUUUUGGCUCUCUCUCCCUCCCUUUCGCCGCGUGCGCCGUCCAAUCCAAACCAAUCCCAAGUCCCCACCCGCUCGUGGCGAGCAAAGCAAUAUGAUUUCCCCGAACGCAGCCCGCAACGUCAUCAGCAAUGUCAUCUCCUUCGGCAUCUUCCUCUCCCCUGGGCCGGCGUUCUGGCGGAUCAUCAAGAACAAGGACGUGGAGGAGUUCAAGUCGGGCCUGUACGUAGCGACGCUGCUCAACUGCAUGCUCUGGGUGUUCUACGGCAUCCUCUGCAUCAUAUUCGGCUCGACAAUGGUAAAGUGAUCAAGACAAAGAGCGUCGAGUACAUGCCCUUCUUCUUAUCGCUGCUGAGCUUCCUCAACGGCGUCUGCUGGAUGUCCUACGCUCUCAUCAAAUUCGACCUCUACGUCACGAUCCCCAAUGGCCUCGGUGCGCUGUUCGGCCUCGUCCUCGCCUGCUACUACAGGCCGACCCCCAAGAAGGAGAAGAGUGCAAACCUCAAAUAUGAUUGAAGGCUCCUGGCUCCUUGAUUGCAAUAACAAGUGCUAGCUACAGUAAGAACAAGGGAAUCUAGAGACCGAGACUGAAAGAAAAGGCUGGGCUACUUCUAUUCGUUAUUCGUUUCCCAUAUGAUUUUCCAUAUUUUACCAUCAAAAAUAGGAUGUUUUAGCCAUUUA